AUGGCUCAGCAGCCUUCCAUCCCCGACUACUACGCCAUCCUGGGCACCAAGCCCAGCGCCACCGGCAUCGAAAUCCAGCGCUGCUACCGCAAGUUGGUGCGCGUCUGGCGAAGACCCGGCCUGCAGGCUGGCGUGGGCGUCCUGGCUAUGGUUUCCAUCGACGAGGCAUACGCCACGCUCAAGAACCAGGAGAAGAGAAAGGCGUACGACGCCGAGUGGCCGAGCAUUAAGAAGGCUUGGAAAAAAUUCCAGCAGCGCAAGAUCAUCGCCGCGCAGGCUGAUGAUGAUGAGGAGAUGAGCGAUGUCGACAGCGAUCUUGAUGAGGAUGAGGAUGAGGUCGCUACCGAUGGAGAGGAGAAGGCGGAUGAUGAGGAUGAUACUGAUGAUGGCGGACCGGAUGGCGAGGCUGAGGAUGCUGACUACACCGACCGCGAAGAGUCUGAUGAUGAUGAGGUCGUCGUCGCUAAGCGCGGCCGCAUGUCUCGCGUCGUUUACGAUUCAGAGGAUGAUGAGGUCGUCGUCGCCAAGCCCAUCUGCAAGUCCGUCGUCGCCACCAAACCCAUCCGCAAGUCCAUCGUCGUCUACAAUUCAGAAGACGAAAUCGACUCAGACAGCGACUCAGAGCCAGAGGCCGAGUUCACCGACGACGAAGAGCCUGAAUCCUCCGACGAAGACGUGGACGAAAAUGUCGACCGCUACGCUAAGUACUGCACCGGCUACGAGUCCGAGUCUGGUUCUGACUCUGAUGACGAGACGCGCUAUGCGGUUCAGCUGCGCAGUGGCAAGUGGAUGGACCUGCACAAGCACAAUGAGCAGGACCCUCACCACGAGAUGUGCAUGUCGGACCACGAGAACAAUGCGAAUGGUGAUGCUGCGAAUGGGAAUGAUGAGAAUGGGGAUAAUGCGAAUGGGAUUGCUGCGGACGGGGAUGGCUGA